CACGCUUCAUUGCAAUUCUCAAUAUUCCAUCACUAACGCCUUGCGCGUCUGAUUUUAUCUGGUUUUCGCAUAAUAUUUGAUAUUUCCAAUGCACUAUGAUAUGAUAUAUCCUCAAACAAAACUUCAAUUCCGCAAUACGUCGCAGUCAUGUCUCGAGCUCCUUCCGCCAUGCUUCCCUUCCUCUACCCUUUCCUGAAUUCGACUGUCUGUACGAGACCACUGGCACUCCGUGCUGCUCAGAAAUCCUUGCGAUGUCGUCGAUUGCAGAGUUCGGUUACCCGCUCCCAAUCCCCGCCUGAUCUCUCCCACCUCGACCCUGAGCCGUCCGAUUACUCGCGAUUCAUUUUUCAGGAUAAAUGCACAGUCACACUCGUCGCGGGUUCUGGAGGUCAUGGAUGCGUUUCCUUCCUGAGAGAAAAAUACAUAGAAGAAGGACCUCCCAAUGGAGGCGACGGCGGUAGCGGAGGAAGCAUCUACAUCCAAGCUGUCGACGGUCUUUCCAGCCUGCAUAAACUAGCCCGACAAGGUGUGAUUCGCGCCGGCCGAGGGAAAAGCGGACAGGGAAAGAGUCGAGGCGGAAAACGAGGUCAUGAUGUUCUCAUUCAGGUGCCAGUGGGAACAGUCAUUCGUGAAAUCGGCCGAUUCGACCCAGUGGAGGAAGGAGAGCUGAAAUUCCGAACUUGGAGGGCGUCAAUGUCAGAGGAAGAGGCCAUGGAAAUGACAGCGAAUCAACGAGAUCGCUUCGUGCUCUACCCCGGCUCACAGCCCUCGGAUUUCCUGACAACUGCAUUCCCUUCUCUCGGUCCGCCACGAAGACCGCAUAUUGCUGCAUCAGAGCCCGCGGCGCCGAUUCACUUGGACCUGUCAAAGAACAUGGCUGAGCCGAUGCUUCUAACUGCAGGCGCUGUGGGAGGAUUCGGUAACCCUCACUUUGUGUCUCGCGCCAAUCCGCGACCACGGUUUGCCACGAAAGGUGAAGGGGGUAUGACACUACACCUGGACUUUGAGCUCAAAUUAUUAGCCGAUGUCGGUCUUGUUGGCUUCCCCAAUGCUGGAAAGAGCACGUUACUUCGCUCACUUACCAACAGCCGAACACGAAUUGGAAACUGGGAGUUUACGACCCUGUCACCGAAUAUCGGCACGGUAGUUCUUGAUAACGGGAAGGGCAGGCCGCUGGUGGAAUCCUCUAAUAAGGAGAAUCCUCGCACUGGCUUUACUAUUGCCGAUAUUCCUGGUCUAGUCGAGGACGCUCACCUUGAUCGUGGACUUGGACUAGGCUUCCUACGACAUAUUGAGCGCGCCGGCAUUCUUGGGUUCGUCGUCGACCUCAGCUCCGGCAAUCCUAUCGAGACGCUGCAAAAGCUGUGGCAUGAGCUAGGCGAGUACGACAAGAUGCGUGACACGCAGCCUGAUGCUCCUGAUUCAGACCGGCGAGUCAAGUGGAGCCCUUCAGGGUUUGAGCCGACACCUAUGCUCGUUCAUGACGCCAGCAAACCCCAAAACAGCCUUCCACCGAUAGCGCUCCCGCCGAUAUAUCGAAAGCCGUGGUUUGUCAUUGCUACAAAGGCUGAUUUGCCGGGUACGCAGGAGAACUUCGUAGCUCUGCGUGAAUAUCUUGCGCAAGUGCAGCAAGGCGCCGUCGAGCACCCGAGUGGUAAUAAAGAUGCUUUUCGAGGGCGUCUGGCGGCAGUUCCGGUCAGCGCUAUCAAGGCAGAGGGUGUAAAAGGAAUCCCGAAUUUGAUCAUGAGCUUUCUUGAACAUCAUUGACCUAUUCACUGGCUGUAGAUACAAGAUGCAUGCCAUCGGAUGACGUUGGUGUGACAGGAUGUCUGGUGAUAUCAAUAUAUAUAUAGGUGGAUGUAAAAUAGAUUUGUAUAUUACUUGCUCGCUCUAAAUUUCAGUGCUACAUAUGUACAUGUAUAUAUGUA